UUUUUCCUAGAUAGAGAGGCUAAAGAGAUAAUUGUACCUUGUACAUUCAGACUUGAGAUAACUGCGGUUAUUCUUCCCGCUAUAUAAAACUUCCCCGAUAUAAAAAGACGACUCUCAAAACAUAUCUUAUUCACAUUAAACACUAGUUCUGUAACAAUGACUCCGUUUCGUUUACCAAUUAUUGUGAUCACUGUAGUGUUCAGUGCGAUCAACAUAAAAGAAGCUACCACUGACACUUCAGGGCCUUUGUCAAAAUCUUCGCAUGUGGAAAUAAAAAGCAACCAAGAAGAUGUUGGUGGGGUCCAUUCAAACACGCUGGAUAUUCAUCUGUCAAUGGAAUCCGGAAGCACUUCGUCGUCAAAUAUGAGAAGUAUAAUACGUGACGAGCUAAAAUCGAUUCUAAGAGAUUACAACAAUUCUAUUUUAGAAAACGUAGAAGAGAAUAGCCUUAUAACGGAGAAGUCAAAAUUUGAUUACAUAAACACAAAAUUUCAGACUAUUGAAAAUAUGCUAAAAAAUAUUCAAGCUGAGAACAAAAAAUCUAGUUUAAAAGUUGACGGAGAAGUGACAUGUUUAAAAGAAGAAACAUUAGGAGUGAGACACAGCACUUGUCCUAAGCCACCAAAAAGUGAGAAGAGUUAUCCUAAGAAUUGCAAAGAAGUUCUUCGAAAUGGUAACAACGUAUCAGGAAUCUAUGAAAUUCUUCCAAAAUACGCGGAAGAGCCGUUUCCAGUGUUGUGUGACAUGGAAAUCAAAGGAGGGGGCUGGACUCAUUUUCAGAAAAGAUUUGACGGAUCGCAAGAUUUCUAUCUGGGAUGGCGAGACUACAAAUUUGGUUUUGGAAGUUUAGAAGGCGAGUUCUGGUUAGGAUUGCAGAAAAUAUACUUAUUGUCAGGUUUCGAACCAACGGAACUUCUAGUGGAAAUAGUAGACAGGGACAACGUAUCUGCUUUCGCCCACUAUACAUCCUUCGCAAUAGGAGCCGAACCAGGAGGAUACAAGCUCGAUCGACUAUCGGGAUUUAGUGGAGAUGCAGGGGACUCCCUAACUGUUCAUCUUGGCUCAAAGUUCAGCACAAAAGAUUUAGAUUUUACCAACGACGCUUGUCCUACCAAGUACCUUGGCGGUUACUGGUAUAAAGCCUGUCAUAUCAGUAAUCUUAAUGGAAAAUAUAUAAAUAUUGACCUUCCCGGAAAGUACAACUUUCAAGGAUUACAUUGGAACACAUUCAGAAGUCCCGAGUAUUGCCAUUCAAAGUCUAGAAUGUUAGUUAGGCCCCUUAACUAAAAAUAUUUAGUUGAAUAAGUAUAUUAACGUUUAUAAAAUAUUAAAAUAAUUCUUCAAUACUAUCGCUAGUAUUAAAUUUUUUUUAUUAACCUUUAUGUUUAUCCUUACAGAAAGAUAUAAACA